UGAAUGCACGUGAGCCAACGUGAUGGACGCACUUGACGUGUCGAAGAAAGUGCUGCAGUUAAAACUUCAGCUCAAAGAAACGACAGAAUCAAAGAAGGUCCUGAAAAUCUUAAAGAAACUAAGGGAGUUGGAUAUAACCCUAGACAUUCUUGCAGAGACUGGAAUCGGCAAAGCUGUAAACUCUUUGCGCAAGCAUGGGGAUGCAGGAGAAGCUGUUAGGCUAUUGGUCAGUCACUGGAAGAAAUUGGUUCCUAAAGAAACCGUGAGCCAUACAGAGAAGGAGGAAGCUUCGCAGAGCAAGCUUUUGGUAACCGAUGCAGAGAUUCAAAACCGUUCAAAAGAGGCAUGCUCAAAAAUAGAGGACCGAAGUCAAAAUACUUCAGAAGAUGAGCGUUUAAAAACCGAUGAGGACAACCAAGAUGGUCCUACUUCAAGAGGGGUCCAUUUGAAAACUGAUGAGAAAAACAAAGGCACUUCAGAAAAAGAGCAUUUGAAAACUGACAGAAAUGAAGAAAGUUUGGAAACUGAAUACAAAAACCAAGGUACUUCCAAAGAUGAGCAUUUGAAAACUGAAUACAAAAACCAAGGAACUUCCAAAGAUGAGCAUUUGAAAACUGAAGACAAAAACCAAGGUACUGCAGCGAUGUCUCAUUUACAGGAAGUAGAUGAAGACUCAAGUGAAUUGAAAAAUGAUCAUUUUAAAAGUGAGAAGGAAAACAAGCGUACUUGGAAGAAGGACAAGGAUGAGGGGAAAAAACAGAAGGGGACACGAGAGUGUUUAAUGGUUACUGGAAAAAAAAGUAAUAUGAGUAGAAAUUCUGAAGAUGAAAAUGUUUUGCUGCCAAACACAACAUUUUCAUUUAAGACCAGCCACAAGAAAGCCAAGUCGAUUUCCAGGGAAGAAUCUAACAACAAUUCAGAUAACGGAGGGAAAUGUGGGAUAAGGAGAGACUCCAAUAGAAAAACACUGCCGUGUCCUAAACCAUCCAGCGACGAGUCAUCAAAAUCUAAACCUGAUAAAAAAUGGACAGUUAUUGACAAAUCCAAUGACCAAGACAACAAAAAAGUGAGUGACUCCCUAGGUUGUAAUGGAGAGAGGCGGAAACCAAGUGAAAGAAAUCAAGUCUGCCAUGAAGACAAAAAGGCUAAACAAGAGGGAAAAUCAAAGACCAAAGAGAAAAUGGCGAUUGAGGACAAGCCGAAUGGCGAUGACGUCGAGGUGCCCUCCAUGUCUUUUGAGUCUUUCUUGAGCUAUGACAUCAACACGCCUAAGAGGAAGAAAAAAUCUGACAGUAAAAAAACACCUAAGAAACUUAAGACUGUUGAAAAAGAAGUAAAGGUUGUGAAGACACCCAGCACGAAAACCAAUAAGCAGUUACCUGCGGCGACUGCAGAUUUUUCACUGCCUAAAAAGGCUAUGAAGGGGUCUGUGAUGGACUUGCUUAAUAUUCCAUUGCCAACAUUUCUACCCGAAUAUGACGAGCUCUCCAACUUCAACUACUACGACAGGAAAAUGGAAGAGAAAUCUAAAGUCUUGGUCUCUGAGGGCCCGGUCUUCACUGGUCAAAGACUCAACCGGAAGAUGCAGGUCUAUUCUGGUGUGAAGUCCGCCUUUCUCCCAGCCAUGAUGUCCUUGUACCAGCAAUGUAUCCGGGCACUGCAGAACAACAUUGACUUGCUCUAUGAGAUCGGAGGGGUCCCAUUUGAAAUCCUUGAGCCAGUACUAGAGCGCUGUACACCUGAUCAGCUGUUUCGUAUUGAAGAGUGCAACCCGAUGUAUGUUGGAUUGACUGAUCACUUAUGGGAGAAGCACUGUCAGCGGGACUUCAGGAAUGCCCAUCUAGAGGAGUACGAGUCCUGGAGAGAGAUGCAUAUGAGGCUAUCUGAGGAAAGGGAGAGGAAGCUCCAAAGACUGACUAAAACCAUAGUCUCUGCCCAUUCAGGAAAACCCAAAGGUCGGCAGGUGAAAAUGGCGUUUAUUAACUCUGUUGCCAAGCCGCCUAGAAAUGUGAGAAUUCAGCAAGAGAUCCAUGGAACUGCAAGACAUCCACGAAUCCAGCAGGAGAACAAUGGACCUACUGGUGUCGUACUGCCGCCUCACCCACUAGACAGGCCCAGUGUCAAGGCCCAGGAAAACAGAGCCAGACCCUGCUAUGUUGAACCUCCUAGGCCAAGCACCACUGUCUCUGGGACAAGCCAAGGACAAGAUUCCCGCAAAAAAACACGUGAUAAAGGUCUGCAUUCCCACAAAGUGGGGGAUUUGUGAGAAGGGUGGCACCUAUGAUGGCAAAGUCUCUGAAGGCCUUUAAAACGAUGGGGCGUAGAUGAAGGCCCUAAGAGGAUGGAUGGACUGCUGGAAACUUGUGGAUACAGGUGCAUUGAUUCCACUUCAUGCCUUUGCACUAUUCAUUCCAGGCCAAAUGUCCCUUUCUUGGCCUACUUUACUUUUUGAGACCAAAUUGGAGCUGUAACUAUACACUGAGUAUACAAAACAUUAAGGACACCUGCUGUUUCCAUGAGACUGACCAGUUGAAUCCAAGUGAAAGCUAUGAUCCCUUAUUGAUGUCACUUGUUAAAUUCACUUCAAUCAGUGUAGAUGAGAGGGAGGAGAUGGGCUAAAGAAGGAUUUUUAAGCCUUGAGACAUGGCUUGUGUAUGUGUGGCAUUCAGAGGGAGAAUUGGCAAUAACUGUACGACAUCCAGCCAACUUGACAAUUGUGGAAUGCUUUCGACACUUUGUAAAGUCCAUUCCUGACGAAUUAAGGCUGUUCUGAGGGGUGGGGGGUGUGCAACUCAAUAUUAGGAAGGUGUGUUCUUAAUGUUUUGUAUACUCAGUGUAGCUAUUGGGCCGGGACGUCUUUGUAUGAGGUUUUUUGCCCAUGCUGCUUGUAAAACAAUUGCUGCAUUUGAAUGUUGGGUAUGUGUCAAUGUUAUUUGUUUGUUCAUAUUGUCAAACACUGAAUUGCACUAUUAAAUAUGAUGAAAACCAUG